GUUUAAAAUUGAAGAUUAGAGUUCUGGCGGGAGACGGACCUCAGAUCAGUAGCUCACAACCGACAACGGGAAUGGAUGCUGGAAGAGCUAAAAUGAAACGGGUACGCCGGAGGAGCUAAGAUGAAUGUCGCCGGUGCGCCGUCGGAGUGGAACGAACAGGAACUCCUCGCCAGAAAGGAAUGACGGCGGCGACGGUCCAGAAAACCCUUCUCUGUUUGCGCGAGGGAGGGAUGGUAAAGACGGAAGAUACCACGGCGCCGGAGAGAGGCCACGACGCCAGAGAGAGUGCACGGCGGCGGACAAAGAAUACAACGGAAAAAGGUUCUCCAAUGCGGCGGCGGACAGAAAACCUCUGGCAGUACGUGUUGUAGAAUCCCACCCUCGCCUGGACGGCGGGCGCGUUGCCGCCGUUACACUCGAUGCCGUUAAUCGCACGGAUGGUGGCUCCGAACCCUUGAUCGAGGACGGGGCGAACGUGUUAUCAGAGGCGGCGGAAAAGAACCUUCUGCUCUCUGCAAAAGGGAAAAGGGUUUUGGGGGAAUGCGUUGAGAAGGAAAGAAACAAGGAAGCGUGGGGCAAGGCUUUGAUUUCGGGCCCAGUAAUGAUCCUGUGGUCCCUUCCCAAAACACCCUUCAACAAUAUGGCCCCUCAGAUUGAAUUUCUCUAAUCUGUAUGGCCAAAAAGGAGGUAGCCAUGGUGGCUACUUAAAAAAAAGGAACCAGGCUAACGCAUUCCGACCUUAUAAUUAGGAAAGCAAAACAGGAUAAUCUAUUAAAACUACACUGAAAAAUCUAAUGUCGUUUAAAAUCGAACCCCUGAUCAACAAAUCAUAACCAAAUUUCUCUACCGCGGGACUACCUCAAACUUAUAUUUCACUUCUGCGCAGUAACAUAUUUAUCAAAUUAUGCUAUUGUUUAUACAAAAUUUCCAAAUACCGGUACAAUUUAUACGAAACUCUCAAAAUUCUUGGUGGGGGGAGGAGAGAGAUAAUCACCACUAAUCAUUAGCUAACUACCUACAAGGACAAGAAUGGAAUAUAAUAAAACAUUAAUAACAUU